AUGACGACGAGAAAGGACUACGCGUCGAUGCGGAUGGCGAGAUUUCUCAUGUGGACCAUCGGUUUUUGGACCUCCGAGACGAAAACCGGGGAGCGCGUAUUGAAGGGUAUUUUGGGCUACACGAUAUUCGCGAUCAUCUUAGCCCUGUGGAUAGAAGGAACCGAGUUCUAUUUUAGUAUAGGUGAUUUUUACGCCAUCACAUACACCGCCUGCAGUAGCAUGCCGGUAGUUAUAAUUCUGCUGAAAAUCAUUUUUUUCCUAUCUCAUCGGGAAGAAAUGCUGGGGAUGCUGAAGUACACGCAGAAUAAAUUCUGGUACGCGCAAUAUGACGAAUACGGCAGGAAACUUAUGGACGAUAUCAAUAAAAAGGGGAUGAUUCUAAUGUGCACGUUUACGUUCUUCGUUCAAGGAACAGUUGUCACCUACAUGCUGACUCCCAUAAUUGAAAAUAGGGGAAAAAACGCAAGCGAGAGAGUUCACACUUUUAAUUGGUAUGUCGGAAUCGACACGCACGUCUCGCCUAAUUUUGAAAUAGUAUUUGUUUUCGAGAUGGUGGCGCUUAUUCAUUCGGGUAUAUGCUUCUGUUGUUUUGAUAAUCUCUUGGGUCUGCUGAAUCUGCACAGUGCCGGCCACUUUAAACUGUUGCAGCAUCGCUUGGAAACACUAUUGAAGAGAUUCGGACAGGCCGGUACCUUGGAGUCGCUCGAUGAGAAAACCAAGCAGGUGAUACACGAAAAAGUCCGAGAAUGCGUCUUACAGCAUCAAGAGUUGAUCUGGUACAGCGAGAAAAUGGAAAAGUUAUUCAUGUAUCCGACUCUCUGCCAGCUAUUGGUAUCCAGUGUCAUGAUAUGCGUAGCAGGCUUUCAAAUGUUUUUAUCCCGCGGUACCCUGGUCAGACGGUUGAUAUUCAUCGCUCACACGAACGGCAGCGUCUGCCAAUUGUUCGUGGUCACGUUCACGGCGCAGCAUUUGCUAGACGAGAGUCGCGCGAUCGGGGAAUCGGCGUACAGUGCCAAUUGGGAGGUCCUGUCUCAUCGGGAUAACAGAGGCAUCCGAAAUGCCAUUCUCAUGAUGAUGGUGCGAUCCAUGCAUCCCUGCUCCAUAUCUGCCGGUGGCUUCUUCCCGGUCUCCCUCGAGACUUUCAUGGCGGUGAAGAAGAAAAUCACGAGGUGCACUAUGACAGGAAAUAAGGAGUACCGGACGGUGACUAUCACGCGUCUCUUCAUGAAAAUGGUCGGUCUCUGGUACGUCGAGACACCUCGGGAACGGCUGCUCCUGCGCGUCGCGUUCGGCUACGCCGUUUCGGCGAUCCUUUUCGCCAUUCUCGUCGAGGGUGUCGAUCUGUAUCACUGCAUAGACGACCUUUACGCCGUCACGUCGAAUUUAUGCGCGACGUUGCUGUUGAUAAUGAUACUGGUGAAACUGGGUAGCUUCAUGUUCUACCGCGACGAAGUGAUGAAACUGAUUCGUUUCGCGGAGAAAAAUUUCUGGGGGAUCACCUACGACGAGGUUGAUGCUGGAAUUCUGGAGGAAUACGAGAAGCUAGGGAUGACUCUGACCUACACUUUUAUGUUCAUCGUCUACUGCGCGACCUUCAAUUACAUCUUCGCGCCUUUCUUCGAGCCUCAAGGAAUGAACGAGACGGAAAGGAUGUUGCCGUUCAAACUGUGGAUCGAGUUUCCGUAUUAUUCGCCGUACUACGAAUCACUCUCGACGAUACACUCGGGCAUUUGCACUUUCUGCUUUGAUAAUUUCGUGAGCACGUUCAACAUCCAUACCGCCGCGCAGCUGAAGAUCUUGGCUCACAAGGUGGAGAUUGUCGCCGAGAGUUGUGUCGAAAGUGCAACGGGCGACAAGAAGAGCCCCUCGGAAGCGGAAGUUGUCGCUUUGACGUCACAGAGAUUGCAGGAUUGUGUGCGGCAGCAUUACGUGCUCAUACAAUACCUACAUAACAUGCAACAUGUGUUCACCGUUAUAUUGCUCGGCCAAUUGCUGCUCUCCAGCGUAUUCAUCUGCUUUGGCGGUUUCCAGUUUCUCGCGGCGGACCUGGCCAUCAGGAAGUGUAUUUUCGCCUUCCACUUCGUGGGCGGGCUUAUCCAGCUACUUAUUUAUACGUGGACGUGUAACGACAUAAUUGUGCAAAGCACGGCCAUCUCCGAGGCCGCUUACAACUCCAAGUGGUAUCUCUUAUCCGGUAGGAGGCCGGGCAUGGCGUUGAGGAAAGGGCUAAUUAUGAUCAUGAUCAGAGCACGUCGACCGUGCACAUUAACCGCCGGACAUUUCGCGGUGAUGUCCUUGGACACUUUCACGGGGAUAUUGAGCACUGCGAUGUCGUAUUUUACUUUACUGCGACAAAUGAGCGAAGACAAUGUAUAG